UUUAUAUGAGUAGGUGUUUAACAUUUUAGCGGCUAAGCGUAUGCCAUCUAUCAUGUGCUGAUUAAUCUCACGUUGUGAUUUUUGUGUAUUCUUACACUUUUAUUUACGAAACAAUCCGAAUAUUCAUUAACUUCCAUUGAAAAUUUCUGUCGUAUUAAUUUUUGGUGGUUUGUUUGAUAAUUCUUAAUUGUUGAAACUGUGUUUUUGUUAUUGUAUGCGGUAUUGUUUGUAUUGUUUCUAAUCCAAAGGAAAAAUGAAAGGCGUUGGGAACGCCGUGUUGUACCGGUCUAAAAAAGACAUUGAUCGAUAUGUGCAAGAGUUGUUUAACAAGCUAAACAACAACGAACAUGAGAAAAAGCUUAAAGGAUUAGCUAUUGCUCGUAUGUAUUUCAAAGUUUCUGAAUUUGAAUUGGCAAAACAAUAUGUUAUUACUUUUUUGAGUGCAAAUGAAAACUCACCUGAAGGACGACGUUUGCUUGGUCAUUGUUAUGAUAAACUUGGAAAUAAAGAAAAAGCUGUUAUUGAGUAUCAAAAAUCUUUGGCUUCAUCACCAAAUCAACCGGAAUUACUAUUAUCUUGUUGUGAGUUAAUGAUUGAUCCAUCUGUUAAAUUAAAUGAAGUUCAAGCUGAAAGAAUAUGUAAGCAAACAGAAGAUUUAUACCCUUAUCAUCCAAUAGUUUAUAAACUAAAGGAACGAUUAUUGUUAUCUAAUGAAAAUUGUGAUCCUUCUAAAGUAGAGAGUUUACUCAAUGCUGAAAUAUCUGUUAGACCAGAUGACAUGAAUCUUAGAAUAAAACAGUUAAAAUUAUAUGAAAAUUCAGGGCGUUUGUUUGAAGCUUUUUCAUAUGCAAUAAAUAUUGAAAAAACUUGUAAGUUUCAAAAAGAUAAUGUUGAAUGGUAUGAAGCUAUUUCUCAGAUAUGUGAAGCCUAUGGAACUUCAAAUUCUAUAAAUUGGGAAUUCUAUUCACGAGUAUUACCUAUUUUUGAACAUAAUGUUUCUUUACUAAUCAUGGAAACAAAAACAAGCAAACAAAAAAGUGUAUCUGAUUGCUAUAAAUCUCUUUUUAGACUUGAUCAGGCUUUAUAUAAAGCUAUUCAAUUAUCAUCACCUCAAACAGAAUUUUACAGAAGCCUUAUACAGCAUAUAUCAAAUCAAUUUUAUUUUCAUUUAGCUAGUGUAAUAAUGAAAUCAGCUAAAAAAGAAAAUUCAAUAUCUUGGAAAAAGAGUAACCAAUUAGCUGCACCGUUAUUUUUAAUGUCCUUAGCUCCACCAAUAGAUAAACAAGCAUUUGAGAGUAUAUCUAAUAAAGAAUUCAGUAGGGAACAAAAAUCAAAUGUUGUAUUAUGGGAAUUACAUGGUACUAGGAGGAUAAUUGAAAGUGGCUUUAUUUUACGAGCAAUGAUGAUUAAAGAAGAUGAUAAUUUUAUUGACAAUAUAAAAUUAUUGUGUGUUAAUGACUGGAAAACUACAAAUUACAAGAAAAUAUUUAACAGUCCAGAAUAUGCUGAAGGAAUGCCAACUUCAUUAUUUGUUCAUUAUUCUCCUGACAAAUUAGUUUAUAAUAUUCCAGAAUUAAUACAAUAUGCGGUACCAAAACAUAUGUUGGCAUUUGAAAUGAGUCAACCGGGUUCGUUGCAUCAUUUAGUUUGGUACGGAAUACAACUAUUAGAAAGUGAUAAUAAAGGAUGUGACAUAAGAUUAACUAAAGAUACAGUAUUUCCUGUUGGAUUUGGAUGUAAAAGUUAUAAAGAAUUACCAUUGACUACUAAUUCGUUUGCAUCUGCCAGCAUUGAAUCAAUAUGUCAAAUAGAUAUGAACACAUUUUUGUAUGCUACAGUUUUUAGUGUGGCUUCAUUUCUUGAUAACCAAUAUCAAAAAAAUGAUCCAAAAGCACCACAAACAUUGCCAUCUAAUAUUACAGAUCAGUUGACAACAUCAGAACAGGAGAACUGGUGGAAAUCAAUGUAUAAAAUUUAUACAAAAAAUGUUGAUGUUAAACAUGUAUCACAGUUAAGAAAAGCAGCUAUUCAAGGUUUAGAGUCAAUUAGGUUGAUAGGAAAUCAUGGAAUGGAUGUAAAAUUAAUGGUGCAUUUGGCCAAAAACUUUGCUAGUCAGGCCAAUAAAAUAAUGGAUAACUUCCUUUUAAAAGGAGGACUAGAAAAAAGAGCUGUACUUUAUUGGAAAAUGGCUAUUCAGUUACUUGAACGCAUUAACCAAAAUGGAAUUGAUAAUCGGCCGAAAAAUACUUUAUUUGAAUUUUACAGAAAAAAAUUAACCGGUGAAGAAGUAAAUGAAUAUUUAGAGGAAGGUAGAUUCUAUUUAGCUUGUCAAUUAAUGAACAGUGACCAAAAUGAAGAAGCAAUUGAGGCAUUUAAAAAAUUGAAAUCACCAUAUGCAUCUUUUUAUCAAGCAAUGAUUUAUAAGAAAAUGGUAAAAGCAGAAGAUGAAAAUUCUUUGGGAGAUGCAUUAUCAGAGGCAAAUAAUAUGAUAUUAACUAAAGUGAAGGAAUUAUUGAAUAUUACAAAAGAACGCUUAAACAAAAAUCCUCAACACCCAUUACACUUGCAACUUAAGGAAGAAAUGUUGGGUUUACAAUUGGAUGUUGAUAUAAAUGGGACAAUUAAUAAUCAAGAACAUUUAAACAUAUCUGUUGAUGAUAAUGACACAACCAACAUAUCUAGGAGGAAAAUUUAUAGUAAAUUUGGUGAUCGUUCAUUGAAUAAUAUUACUAGUACUCCUUUAAAAUCAUCGCUUAAUUCAAGCCGGAAAAUUUUAGAUGAUGAAACUGAUGUCAAAGUAUUAAAUGAAUUAAAAGUAGCCGUACAAUCACAGAAUGUUCAGUGUCAAACUUUGGGAUUACAAUAUUAUAAUAUGAUAGAGACAUUACGAUCAAUGUCUGAAAAAGUUGAUAAACUAUUAGAUCAUUUCAACAACACAAAGGAUUCAAUUUUCGAUAAAAUUAAUGAGUUAUCUUGUCAGGUUUCUAAUUCUAAUUCUACAUCUACUGCUGUUCAUAAGCCUGUGACUGAUUUAGUACUUAUUAAACGAAUUGAUAAGUUAGAAGAUAAUUUGACAGAAAGAAUUAAUGCUAUGAAUGAAAUCAUUAAAGUCAGACAUGAUGAUUUAUAUGAUGUUUAUCCAGAAAAUGAAGAAGAAUUUGAUAAAAUAACCUUCGAUCCAGUAUCUUGUAAUCAAAAUUCAUUUAAUGACCCAACUCAAAUGUCUACCAUAACUUUUACAGCUCCUCAACUGCAAUAUUCUUCCAAUUUACCUUUUCAGCAGUUUGGAUUAUAUAAUCAGGUUAGUCAAUCUAAUGCAAUGGCUCCUAAUCCAAAUGUUAACAUCACAUCAUCUGAUACUUUACCAACUGGUCCUCCAGUAUCACAGCCACCGCUUAGUGUUAUUAUACCGACACAUCAUAUUCUUAGUAGUAACACAACAUCUGAAGCUCAACCGUCAUGUCCUUUCAAAUUCAAUAGUCAACUGACUAAUAUCCAAUCUCAGUCAGUUAUAGCACAUAGUGUACCUACUGUUCAGUCUACAUCAUCUAUUGGCUUACCAAUAAGCAAUGAAGUAUUUUCUUUAAACCCCUCAUCAAAAUUUAAAGAGAGUUUUGAAGCUUCAUUAAAUAAAUCUAGAAAUUCAGCUACAGAUGAUAGUUAUACUGAAGAACAUGAUCCUAUACCAGAAUUUCAGCCUAUAAUACCAUUACCUAAUAAAAUUGAAGAAGUAACUGGAGAAGAAAAUGAUACAAUAUUAUUUGAAAGAAGAGCAAAAUUAUAUAAAUAUGUUGAAAAAGAAUGGAAGGAAAAAGGCAUUGGUCAGUUAAAAAUAUUAAAAAAUAAUGAUACAGAUAAAGUGAGGUUGGUAAUGAGACGAGAACAGGUACAUAAAGUUUGUGCUAAUCAUUUCUUAUAUAGUAAUAUGGAACUAAAAUCAAAAGGUGAUAAAGCUGUUGUUUGGUCUGCUAAUGACUUUUCUGAUGCUGUUAAAGUACAAGUAGAAAAUUUAUGUGCAAGAUUUAAGACUGUUGAAGAUUGUGAAGAGUUUACACGAGUUUUCAAUGAAAAUAAACAACCAUGUUCUACCAAUAAUUCAUUAGCAGAUAAUUCUAGUACUACUGACAUUUAUAAUGAAUCAGUUAUUGAAACAAAUAACAGUACCUGUUUAAAAUUAUCUUUGGAAAAUGAAAAAUCACUUAAACAUGAAUUGGGUGGUUUUACUUUUAGUGUACCUCCUAUUAUAAAUGAGAUUGUUACACCUAAAGAACAAGAUAAAACCCCAGAAAAAUCUAAGGGAUUGUUUUCUAGUUUAAACUUUUCAACACCUGUUGAGGAAUCAAAUACACCUAACCUUAAAUCUUUAUUGACACCUAAAACUGUUGAUACUAAAACUGAUUCAAAUGAUUUCAAAUCUUUUUCUUUUAAUAUGUCAAAACCAGGAUUAUUUUCUGUUGAGAAUACUCCUAAGUCUUCAGAAAAAUCAUUAUUUUCACUCAAUGAAACUAAAGAUAAAUCGGCAAUGUUUACUCCUAAAUUAGAUUUAACAUCAGGAACAUCUGCAACAUCUUACUUCAGUACACUUGCUAAAAGUUCACCCAAUAUUGGCUUUACAAACUCGCCUGAUUUUAAAGGUUUUCCUGGUGCAGGUAGUACAAUAUUUAAUGUUAAAACUAAUCCUUCACCUCAUGCUAUUAUUAAAUCUCCUAUAAAAGAUGCCAAUGAUUCUUCAAAUCAUCCAAAUGAUGAAUCUGAAGAUUUUGUUCCUACUGCAGAAUUUGUUCCAGUUAUUCCUUUGCCCGAGAAAGUGGAUGUGGUUACUGGUGAAGAAGGUCUUGAGGUUGUAUUUGAAGAUCGAGCAAAGCUUCUUAGAUAUGAUCCAAACACAAAAGAAUGGAAAGAAAAAGGAAUUGGCCAAAUGAAAAUUUUACACAACCUAAAUGAUGGAUAUUAUCAGUUGUUGAUGAGAAGAGAAUUAAUACAUAAAAUUUGCUGUAAUCAAAGGUUAACUGCUGAUUUAGAACUUAAACCUGUAUCGUCUUCAGAUAAAGCAAUGUCAUGGAUUGGCCAAGAUUUUUCUGAUGGAGAAUCCAAAAAAGAAUUGUUUGCUAUUAGGUUUAAAUCGGCCCCGCAACUUACUGCAUUCAGAGAUAAAUUUAAUGAAGUUAAAGACAAAGUUCAUCAAAUUAAUAAUAUUUCCACUUUUAAAGAUAAAGUAAUUGAAAAAAAAUUGAAUACUGAACUAGAUACCAAUGUUGAGACUUUACCGAAAUUAAAUGACUUAGCACAAUUUAAACCUAAACCUGGCUCAUGGACUUGUGAUGCAUGUUAUCUGUCAAAUGAUGUAAGUACUGUAAAAUGUAUUGCAUGCUGUACAAUAAAACCAGGAUCAGUUGAAGAAACCAACGAAAAUAAAUCUGCCUCUGGCUUUACAUUUGGACAAACAUCUUUUUCAUCCAUGUUUAAAUUUGGAGAUAGUGCUCUUAAUUCACAGCCAGCAAUUCCAUUUGUAAUGCCUGCAUUUGGGACUACUUCAGAAGUAUCUUUUGGUUCACUGAACUCAGGUUCCAAUACAAAUACAUUUGAUAUUACAAACAAGAAUUCUUUGCAAAAAAAACCAUUGACAUGGCGAGAAGAAAGUGCUGGCCUAGUGAAGUAUGAUUCUGAUAAAAGUGAUGAAGGAUCUGAUGAAACUGAUAAUGAUAGUGAUGAAUAUGAUGGACAUAAGUCUAUUGUUGAGAAUGAAAAUAUUCAGAUUGGUUUUUCUAACUUUAAAAUAGAAAAACCUUCAUUUUCAAUUGAUAAUCCUUCAAGGAUUUUUGCAGCAACUUCAAAGUCAUCUGAAAAUCAAUUAGCUUCUGAUGUAUCAAAAAUAACAACAUCAAGUACUAAAUCUGAAAGUGAUGUAGAAAAUGUAAAAUUUCUCAAUGUUCAGCUGUUAAAAGAUGUCAUAUCUCGAGAUGAUCAAGUACUUGCUGAAGACUUGAAACUACCAUUGUCAUUUUUCCUUUAUAAGUCCAAGCCAAAAUGUAAGGGAUGUGUUGGAUGUGAACAAGAUUCUGAGGAGAAAGAAAUAGAUGAAAAAGAAGUUACUUCAUUGAAGACAGAUAAUGAAAAGGAAAUCGAAAGAGUUAAAGAAAAAAAAAUACCAGUGAAUAUUUCUGCAUCAAAUCAUUCAUUGGUUACACCAAAUAAUCAUGUUUCGCAGUCUUUUAAUCCUUCUUCAUUUCUGUUUGGUGAUAAGUCUUCAACUAGUAUAUUUGAAAAAUCAACAUCUAAUACACCUCUCUUUGGAGCUAAACCUGUUUUCGGAAACAUUUCUACUGAUUCUAUUAAAACUGAUGAUACAAAAUCAACUGGUUUAUUUAGUUUUUCUUCAACUGCAGCUCCUAAUUCAUCAAUAUUUAGUUUAUCAGAAUCUCAGAAUACUACUCAAAGUUCAUUAAUUUCCAAGACUGAUGAUACUAAAUCUAAAAGUGAAAGUUUAUUUUCCUUCAGUCCUAAGACAGACAGUCCGUUUAAAUUUGGGGUUGUGUCUAAAGAUCCUACAUCAGUAUUUGGACAACGUUUAUUUGGUAUUAAAGAUAAGCCUGUUAUUGAAAAUGCUAUUAAUGUUAAUCCGUGGGCAAGCAAAAAUGCCAAUCUUAAUAAAUCUACUGAUGAAGAGAAAAAUUGUGAAAAAGAAGAAAUUGUUGAAGAAGUGGAUAAUAGUCAUGAUCCUCAUUUUGAACCUAUCAUACCACUUCCAGAUGCUAUUGAAGUUUCUACAGGAGAAGAAAAUGAAACUAUUUUAUUUUGUGAACGUUCCAAACUUUUUCGUAAAGAUGGUAAUGAGUAUAAAGAAAGAGGAAUUGGUGAAAUGAAAAUAUUGUAUCAUCCUGAAAGAAAUACCUAUCGUCUUUUAUUUAGAAGAGAAAAAGUUUUUAAAGUUGUUUGUAACCAUUUAAUAACACCAAAUAUAUCGCUUAUGCCAAUGAAACUCUCUAAUAAGGCAUUCUGCUGGGGAUGUAUGAACACAACUGAAGAUAAUCCAGACCCACAAAAAGAGUUAUUGGCUAUACGCUUCAAAAACGAAGAGAUUGCUGAUCAAUUUAAACAAGUUUUUAAUGAUAUUGUGUGUAAAAUAAAUACAUAAUAAAAGUCCAUUAAUUUUAGUUAA